GGAGAGAAGCAGACAUGCUGAACUGGUGAAGCCAUCGAGAAUAAAAGGACGCGACAUUUUGCUGGCGCUGUUCCUGCUCCACAGCGCCAACUGAUGUCAACGAGUGGUGCUGGUGUGAUGUGAUGUUGAUGAGGUCCUACCUAGCACUCAAUCAAACGCAGGCAAAACUGUUCUCGACCCGUUCUGCACGUCUGCUUCUCUCCUCACGUCAAAUUAGUCUUUUGACGUCAUUACAACUAUGACGUCUGUCUUCUCAUCUCACCUCUGCCCUCACAUCGCCCUAAUCAAUCACCGCCGGACUACCGCCCUUCUACAAAAAGCAGAAGAAAUAAAAUAACGGCGCCUGCUCAGAAUGCCUGUGUCGGCCUACUAGCAGCCGCGUGUGUCACAAGUAGAUGUUUCCGUUGUGCCCUGCCCCCAUCCCAAGAUUUCGGCCAGUUAUGCAGCAUGGCACGAAUGCAGAAGAAGAAGAAAAAAAACCUUACAAGCCUACUGAUGGAAGGACAUUUUAAGUGCGGCGAUAAGAACAGACUGGAGUUUCGCCUGUGGAUUCAGUCACCAAGAUGUGUAUUUUCUGUCAUCAUAACUCACUGCCACAGGUCUGUCUGUGUGUACGCAUGACAUACAGCCGUAACCCAGUGUAACCUUACUGUCGUCUUCUCUCACACGCCUGUAUUCAGUUUCCGGCUAACGUGACGGACCGCCAUUUCGAUCACAAGACGUGCAAGAGUGGUCCUACUUGGAUUUUCCUCUCACGUGACUUUGCUUCCAUCCGGCGAAAGUUUUGGCAUCGGCUGGCACGAGGUCUAAUCUCGGCCCAGCGGGAGAUGAAAGCCUUGUGUACUUUCCAAGGUGGAAGGUUGUGCCCUCAAUACGAGAUCCUUCAUUUCUCAAGACCGGGAUCUGUCAUCUGCUACUCCAACUGCCUGUCUUGCCCUGCGGGCAGUCAACCGCAACUUGUCGUCUUGAAAAAAAUGUGAUGGCAUGUACCGCAAGUGCUUGAGAUGGAAAAACUGGAUCGUGCUGGUUAUCUUCCUUGUCGUCUGCAUUCGCCUCCUGCGUCUCUCGUCAGACCAAGAGCCACGGGUGCAGAGCAAGAUUGGGGAGAACAUUCUCAACUUCAGACCUCUUAUCCCCAGUUGGGAGGAGAAAUUGUAAGCAAGAAACCUUCAGUCACUGUCAAAGACCCAAUUCGUUUCGUCUCAGCUGACGAUGUGGGUUUAAGAGGUUUACAAAAUUACGACUGUGUACGUGCCAUAGAAGGAUUUCCGUUGUCCUCCAAAGACUUCGGCGAAAACUCUGUGCCACGUAUUUGGGACGAAGAUUUUAUACGUCUGACGUCCAACUGUGAAAACUUUAGAAAACGCUUCGGAUACGAACGUUAUGGCCAGGUGAGUAAAGAAGAGCUUGACUUUCCCCUGGCCUUCAACGUUCUCCUGUACAAGGAUGUGGACCAGCUUCACAUGCUGCUGCGCGCCAUCUAUCGACCACACAACGUGUACUGCCUGCACGUGGAUGGCUACGCAAAUGCCUCUGUGUACAAGGCCACGGCAGCAUUGGCCAACUGCCUGGACAACGUUUUCCUGACAUCGAAACGAGAAAAUAUUACCUACAGUGGCUUUACGCGUCUUCAGGCCGACAUCAACUGCAUGCAGGACCACAUGACGUGGAAAGCCGAGAAGCAAGGCGUGAAAACAAACUCAAAAAUUCCUUGGCGCUACCUCAUCAAUCUGCCCAGCCAACAGUUCCCCCUCAAGACUAACGCCGAGCUAGUCAAGAUCCUCACCAUCUACAACGGCUCCAACGACGUCGAGGGAAUCACGGCCUUUCAAGUCCUCGAGGAGCGCUUCACCCUCAAGCAUGUGUACAAAUGGGACCCGAAAACCCAGCGUAAGAUGAUUGUCAGAACUAAAGAGCGGCUGGAGCCACCCCCUUAUAACGCCACAGUUGUCAAGGGCAGCGCCUAUGGCGUCUUCUCGCGGGACUUUGUCCACUUCGUCUUGCAUGACGAGCACGCCAAGGCGCUGCUGAACUGGACCCGUCACGUGUACAGCCCUGAUGAGUUUUACUGGUCCAUUCUUCACCACAAUCCCAGCUUAGGGACUCCAGGAGCUUAUCAUGGACGGCCUGACAAGAAGCCAUGGCUGGCUGUGUACGCAUCCUGGCCCCCACGUGAUUUGUGUGUGAGUGGGAAGGUCGUUCGUGGCAUCUGCAUCUUCGGCGUAGGGCGACCUGCCCCAGAUCAUGGAGCGCAAGGAGCUCUUCGCCAACAAGUUCUACAUGGACUUCCAGCCAAUCACACUGCACUGUCUCGACCAGUGGCUGUACAACAAGACUAUCUCCUCCCUUCCGUUAAACACUUUUUAUUAUAGAAAGCUCCCUUUCGUUCGGUAAUAUGCAUUAGACAACGCUCACUGAAAUAACUGUGUUGCAGACAGUGACAGGUACAGAGAAGUGGACAAUAGCAGAAAAAAAUUCUGACAUGUUUAUAUUUUUAUUAUUAAUCGACUUUUGGGGUCAAAACUAGUACUAUACAUAUGAAUUCAUUAUUAUAUACAUGGAUACACAACGCAUUCGACUGUUGGUUUUUUUUGUUUUGUUUUGCUUUUUUGUCACAAAAAUUUAAUGACUUGAGAUGUCUAUAGAAAGUAGCAAAUGAAAAAAUAAUGUCUGGUGUCUCUUCCGGCUUGAGAGAGCCUAUUAACUACAUUUUCAUUUCUCUGCGUCGGUGCUUGGUUUGAGUGCCCUUUGUUUGACAUUCACCUUUUGCUGGUAUCUUCUUCCUUCUGUUGGACUAUUUCCUUACCUGUGACCCUUCAUUUCUCAUCUGUGACUUUCACAAAGAAAAAGGACAGCAGACGAUGCCGCCUCACACCAUAUGAGAUGGUCAUUGGGUUAACCAUCAGAGGAACACCUACUGUAGUCGGACUACACCAGUUAUAUAAUUUACUAUUAUUUAUGAUUAUAUUACACCUUAGCAGAUUGUUUUGCCUGGUAAACAAACUGGCAAAGGUUGCGGAGGUCAUCAGGUAACGCAAGGAGACCUUCAAAGAAGCCGAUGCUAAGAUCACCAAAUGGAAAUCAUCGAGAACUCGCGGGGAAUAAAAAUGCCUACGUUUGAUACUUGAAUAUUCGUUUUCGAACGCGACUUUGAGAUCACAGCAAUAACAACACAUUAUCUGUCAUUCACCAGAAAGCGCAAGCCUUCCUCUCCUCUUCCUGCUUGCCAGUGGCCACUCGACAUCAGUCAGAUCUGUGGAUGCUGAAACCAGGAAAGAGAACGUGGUAGUGAUGGUGGUGGUGGGGCUAUAGCGGAAUCCGGCUUAUUGUGUUUCGAUCAAGUUUUUGUAAAAUAUUCCCCUAUCAACAAAUUUAACAACUCACCAGUCUCAUUCAGCAAACGGACAAUUUGAUAAGUCGAUCGCCUGGGAGUAGAUACACUCAACCGU